AUGGUGAUGGCCUAUGACCAUUACGUGGCUUUAUGCAAGCUGUUGUACUACACGACCAUAAUGAGCAGACAUCUCUGUAGCUCACUGGUGGCCGUGGCCUGGGCCGGAGGCUUCCUUCAUGCCACAAUACAGAUUCUCUUCAUGUCACACUUACCAUUCUGUGGCCCCAGUGUCAUCGACCACUUCAUGUGCGAUUUGUACCCCUUGAUAAAACUGGUCUCCACCGAUACUCACAACUUGCACCUGCUGGCUGCUGCUAACAGUGGCAGCAUGUGCCUGUUAAUCUUUGUCCUGCUCAUGAUUUCCUAUACCUUCAUCUUGCACUCCCUGAAGACCCACAAUGUCACGGGUAGGCUCAAAGCUCUCUCCACCUGUGCCUCCCACUUCACCAUUGUCAUCUUCUUCUUUAUUCCGUGCACCUUUACAUAUGUGCAGCACAAAACUUCCUCAUCCAUUGACAAGGCUGUUGCAGUAUUUUAUGCUAUGAUACUCCCUAUGCUAAGUCCCUUCAUCUACACGUUGAGAAAUGCAGAGAUAAGUGCCAUUAGAAAGUCAGUGAGCAAAACAGUGACUUUUGCCCACGAAUAA